AUGAGACAGGAUGCUUUCAUGGAUCCCUUUAGCACCACAUUUUAUGACUUGCAGUGCAAAAUCUAUAUUCUGCUUUUAGGUAUUUGUUCCGGAUUGAAGUUGACAGUUCCAUCACAUACAAUCCAUGGCAUUGAAGGGCGGCCACUUAUUCUCCCAGUUGACUAUAACUUCAAUGUUACAGUUUAUGACAUCCAGAUAAUAUGGGUUUUUGAGAACCCAGCAACAACUCCCAAAUAUCUGGUUAUCUCUGUAAAUCAGUCAGUUGUCCCAGACUUAGAAUAUAGGCACAAAUUUACACUUACACCUCCAAAUGCAUCCUUGCUGAUAAAGUCUUUACAUAUCAGUGAUGAAGGCAAUUAUAUCGUUAAAAUCAACAUCCAUGGAAAUAGGACAACAACAGCACAUGAAAAGAUUCAAGUUACUGUUGAUGUUCCUGUCACAAAGCCAGUCAUCUACACUGAACCCUCUUUUGGAGUUGUGGAAAGAAAGGGGAACCUUACUUUGAAAUGUAUUGUGGGAAAAGGCACGCGGGUUGUUUACCAGUGGAUGAAAAACGGAAUUCCCAUUGACAGCUCGAAUUAUUCCUUGACUGUAAACAAAGACACACUUUCAAUUGUUCCUGUUGUUAAAGAAGCCAUUGGGAAUUACAGCUGUUUAGCAGCUAAUCUGGUCAGUGCCAUGGAGAGUGACACGAUCACACCAACUAUAUAUUAUGGACCCUAUGGACUUACCAUAAAUACGGACAAAGGCCAGAAGGUAGGGAGUGUCUUUACACUCGACAAAGGUGAAGCAGUCCAGCUUUACUGCUCCGCAGAUUCCAAUCCACCAAAUAUUUAUUCAUGGAUCCGGAAGGCAGACAACUCCACACACCCUAUUAAGUACGGAAGAUCUCUGCAAGUUGCAUCUGAGAAAGUGACACAGAAAACAGAAGAAUACACAUGUAGUGCUUACAACAACAUGACUGAAAACCAGGUUGAAACCCACAUCCUUGUGAUAAUUAUACCAAAAGGCCUGGAGCAAUUGUCCCAGGAAGGAAACUAUUUAUCGCCUCUUGGAUUAAUAACCGGAAUUUCCUUAUUUUUGAUAGUAGCAAUAUGCCUUCUAACAUUAUGGAAAAGAUUUCAGCCUCAUAAAGUUAUACAGCACAAGCUGCAGAACAGGCCUGAAGCAGAUUACAGAAAAGCACAAACAAUUUCAGGGCAUGAAAAUGCACUAGAUGAUUUUGGAAUAUAUGAAUUUGUUGCAUUUCCAGACCCUGCAGGAAUCUCAAGGGUGUCAAGUCAGUCUGUUUCUGGCUCUGAUGGUGUGCACGGCCAAGACUUUAAUUGCACAGUUUAUGAAGUUGUUCGACAUAUUCCUGAACAACAUCAAGAACAUCAAGAGUAA